AUGGCGUAUAUUGACUAUUCAACAUACAGAGAAUUUAUCGAUAACAGUAGUAAUAUAUUUUUAAAGUUUUGUAAAGAUCUUGCACUAAAUGGUUCAUCAAAAAAAAUUUACACAGAACGUGUAAAUUUCAUUAAAAAUAUAUUCAGUGCAGAUGAAGGAAUAACGCAUGUUAGACUUAUUGAUGCUAAAUGUAACAUAUCAUAUAUUAUAACUUCGUUAUUAAAGAAUUCUCCAUCCGGAGUCGAAGAUAUGAACUGUAAUAAUCAAAAUUGCCAGAAUUCAAAUAGACAAGCAUCAUGUCCAUUGUCCAACCAUCAUUUUAAGAUUUCAACAAGAUUUGUCUGGAAUAGAAGAUUUACUUAA